AUGACCCCAUUUGAAGCAUUAUACGGCUAUGAGCCUCCAUCAGUGAUCCCAUAUUUACCUGGUUCCACGUCUGUGGCUGCAGUAGAUCAACAACUCAGGAACAGGGACACACUUUUAGCUGCACUCAAAAGGAAUCUCCAGGUGGCUCAAUCUAGAAUGAAAGGCUUCUAUGAUAAAAAGCAUAUUGAAAGGGAAUUUGUUGUUGGUGAUCAGGUCUAUCUCAAGCUUCAACCCUAUAGGCAACAUACUGUACACAAGGAGGAGUUCCAUAAAUUGUCUCAGAUGUAUUAUGGCCCCUUUGAAGUUUUGGAAAGGGUGGGGAAGGUUGCCUACAGACUGAAACUCCCUCCAACUGCGAGAAUCCACAAUGUUUUUCAUGUCUCUUUGCUUAAAAAGAAAUUGGGAGACUGUGUAACAGUGGAGCCUCAUUUGCCUCCUGUGAGUGAUCCUGCCAAUCCAAAGUGGGAACCAGUUGCUAUACUUGACAGAAGAGUUUUCAAAAAAGGAGGAGCUGCUAGCACUCAAUGGCUAGUCCAAUGGUUGGGAACCUCACCUGAUGAGGCUACCUGGGAAGAUUCUGCAGAUAUUUUGUUGAGAUUUCCUCGUUUUGAUCCUGAAAGAGAAAUUAAUGCAGCUUCAUCAACCAGUGGAACUUGA